AUGGCGGUUUCUUCGACACCCCCGGACGGCACCCGCCCUGUCGAGCCCAGAGAUGCUGCAGAAACGACAGUCACCGAGCGGGCCAUCGAGGCAUUGGAAGUGGAUGAUUUCCAGGGCCCUGGAACCUUCGUGAACACACUACCACCAUGGCGGUUUUGGGUACUGUGUAUCGGUGUAUGCACAGGCCUGCUAUUAUCUAUAAUCGACUCGUCCAUCCUUGCGACCAGUCUAUAUACCAUCGGAGUCGAGUUCCAAGAGCAUAGCCUGAUUAACUGGGUUGUCCUGGCCUAUACACUAGGCUACACUGGCUUCGCCGUCUCAUGCAGCACUCUGUCAGAUAUUAUAGGACAGCGUAACGCUUUCACGGGUUCCUACAUCCUCUUUGUGGCAUUCUCUAUUGCUUGUGGGUUUACUCGACAGAUAAAACAUCUCAUCAUCUGCCGGGCAUUUCAGGGGGUUGGCGGUUCCGGACUAUAUGCUCUGUCAAUGAUCAUAUUGACCCAGCAGUGUCCACCUCAACUUCGUCAAUAUAUAGGCAGCAUUAUCGGAGUGGUCAUUGCAAGUGCAGGCAUCCUCGGGCCUGUUUUGGGGGGCAUCUUCACCCAGUACACAAGCUGGCGGUGGAUUUUCUGGUGGUUUGCUCGAUCCAUCGUCCCCGUCUUUCCCAUCCAACUCUUCCGGAUUCGACGGUACUCAAGAAGCGCGCUGACGACUUUCUUCGUCGGCUACCCGCAUCUGCUCUUGAUAUUUUCGUUGCCCAUCUGGAUGCAAAUCGUGAGUGGUAAAAGCCCGCUCAUUGCUGGGCUGAUGCUGCUUCCAAUGCUAGGAACGGUUGCCAUCGGCAGUAUGGUGAGCGGAAAGAUCAAUGCUACUAAAGACUAUCUUUCAGGGACUUUGCGCUGCGGCACAUGGAUGAUGGCCUUUGGAUUUGUACUUCUCCCGACGAUCAAGGGAUCUGAAGACGACGCAAAAGCACUGGGGUUUCUAGCUUUCGCAGGGUUCGGGUUCGGUCUUUUCACCGCGGCAGCGACCAACGUGAUCAGUGUUGAUGUUCCGACACGGCAAAAGGCAUCUGCCCAUGGUAUCACUGCCCAGGCGAGAAUAUUAGGGGGGAGCCUUGGCGUAUCGAUUUCUACUCUGUUCCUGCACACCGAAGUCAUCAAUCGGCUUCCGGAGCUCGUUACCCCUGAAGAGUUGGCUUCCAUUAGGGGGGAUAUGCAAAACCUCACGGGAGCUAGCCUGGAAGCGGUCAAGAGAGCCUAUGUGUCCGCCUUUCACAAGGGCAUCACGACGGCAGCAGUCGCGGCUUGUUUGGGGGUGCUUUCAACGGCCUUUAUCAAUUGUCAUAUGGGUCGAAGGGACGUCGAGCAGCAGCGCGAGGAAGUGGCACCAGAAGAAGGAGAGCAGAGAGUCGCGGAGCCCCUGAUUCCCCUACAAACUGUUGCUGGUGAGGGAGUCGCCGAAGGGGGAGUUGCUGAAGGAGCAUCAGGCAAAUAA